AUGGAUGUCUCGUUGCUUGAGAAUCUCCAUGAACGUACACUGAUUCUACUUCUCGUCGGCUCCACAAUCGCCGCCGCACCAGAACUGGGCCGAUUCCCUGCCCGAAGUGGAGCCGAUGACUCUGUGACGAUGGAUCAUGGACAACUGACACGGAGGCUUCGUCUCUGGUGUAUCGAUCUGCAUGUGUAA